AUGAAAGAAGCUGGUUAUGCAGAUGAAUUAAAAAUACUUGAAGAAUUCAAAGGAACUCGAAAUGAUUGGUUCGUAAAAGAACAGAAAAAGAGGUGCAGGAAAGCUACUCCUAAAGCUCAAAUAAAAGAGGGUUCCUCUUCUCAACCCAAAAAGCGUCAAAAGAAAGUUGCUAAGAGUUUGCUUGUUGAUGAACUGGAUGAAGAAGAACUUGAAGUAGAAAUGAAAGCUGAAAAUGUAGCUGAAGCUGAAACUAAAGUGAAUGUGGGAGUUGAUAUAGAAAAGGCAACUGGUGAGAAAGAAGGUGACGAUGGUGACAAAGACUCUUCAAGUUCAUCUGAUGAAGAAAUUGAUGAGAUAGAGCGUGAAAGGAGAAUUCAACCUGAGAUUGCUAAAGAAAAACAGCUGAGAAAAAGGAAAAGACAGGAGAACGAGGAUGAGGUGUAUGUUCCUUCACCUGGGGAAGUAAUAGAGUCUCAAACGCCUCCGUCUGGUGGAAAAAAGAAAGCUGGUGCAAGAAAGAAAGUUGUUACUCCAAAGAUGAAAAAGCCGUUGAAGAUUUUGCUGAAAAAGAAACCUACCCAAGAACCCAGUAAACCACUAUCACCACCACCUGAACCUACACCACAUCAAUCACCAAUACAUUUACCACUUCACCAAUCACCUCCUAGACAACCAUCACCAUUACAUCUCUCACCACCACAUCUUUCACCACCACAUAUUCAUACUGCUACACCAUCACAAGAACAACCUUUACUUGUUUCACAACAAAUAUUUCAAACACCACCACCUUCACAACCGCAUGUUCAAACCACACCUGGUUCAUCUGGCUACAAAUAUUUUCCAAAUAUUCCAACAGAAGGUAUUUCUCUUGAAGAAAUUGGAGAUUUCAACUUCGCAAGUGAUGUACAAGUUAAGAAUGUAGAAAAGAAAGUUGAUGCAGUGUUGGUUGAAAACAAGAGAUUAGCAGAUCUCAUUGCUGAAGAAAUAGAAGCAGAUCAGACUGAAAUAGAUAUUUUGAAAGUGAAAGUGGCAGAGCUAGAGGAAGAAAAGGCACGCAGAGACGAACAAAACAAGUACCGUGAGUUGAAAAACAAAGAACUUGAGGCUGCCAAGGCGAUGAAAGAGCAUGAGCUGUAUAUGAUAAAUAAAGUUCUUGAAAACAUGCUCGGGAAGUCUAUAGAGCAAAGGUUUGAGGAGAUAGAGGUUGAAGAAGUUAGAGCAAAGCGUCAAGCAGAGAUUGAUGCUCAAAUGAAAGACAAAGGAAAAAGUGUUGAAAGUUCUGUGAAUGCUGAAAGAUCAAUAGUUUUAUCUACUGAUCCUGAGUCUCCUAUUCAUAAUCCUUUUCCUAUAUCUACUAUAUCAGCUAUCUUUGAUGAAGAUGUGUUACUUGAAGAUCUUGAGGAUGAUGACGAAGAAGAUGAUGAUGAAGAAAAAGUAUUCUAUGCUAGCAGUCACAGUGAUGACGAUGAUAAUGAUGAUGAUGACAAUCAGGGUGGUACUGGAGUUAAAGUGACUGAAGCAUCAAAUGAAAGGAAUGUUGAUGACUAUAUGAAUGAUGAUGCAAAUGAAGUCUCAAAGGAUGCUGAUGGAGAGGGGGAGAAUGUGAAUGAAGUUGAAAAGCUGAUUCUCCGUAUUGUGCCUGAUGUAGAAGAGGGAGAAAUCAGGCAUACAUAUACAUUGGAUGAAGUUCUGAAGAUGUUUAAUGUGAAUGAAGAUGAAUUGAAGUUUGAUUUUGAGGAAGAGUUGAACACGUUUGACAUCAAUCAUCAACCUGAGUAUGAACAUAAGUAUGUUGAAGAUGCAAAUGUAUAUGAUAGGGUUGAGGUUGAAGAUUGUUUUGAUGAAGAAAAUGUGAAUGAAGAACUUCUGAAUUUCCAACUCUGA